UAAAGUGAGUUCAGUUCUGUAGCGGUCACAAUUUGCCCAGGUACAGAGCAGUCGUUUGUCUCGCGCUGACCAGUGUCUUAUUUCUAUACCAGUUUACAAAUAACACUACAGGAUGGGUGAAUGGGCAAAUGGUCUGUGUGGGUGCAUGAACAACUGUACCUUGUGCCUCAUCACGUACAUCGCCCCUUGUUACACGGCAGGUAAAAAUGCCGAGGCUGUAGGGGACAGUUGUAUCAUGGUCGGAGCUCUGUACUGGAUAUUUCCUAUAGCCGGCAUCUACCUGUCUGCCAAAGUCCGUGAAAAAGUCCGGACACAGGGGGGAAUCGAAGGUGGUUUUGGUGGUGACUGUUUAGUUCAUUUAUUCUGCCCAAUUUGUGCAUUGGUACAGGAUGCUCAGCAAAUCCGACCAGGGGAGACUACUCAAGGGGAAUCUAUGGCUAGAGAAUAAGAACCAGGAGCUUGUGAUAUGUACAUAGAUUGGAGCUUCGGAUCUAUAGAAUUAAUUCAAAAAUCAAGGUUUUGUGAAACAACCAAAUUGGAACAAGAAGAAUAGCAACUGUCUAUAUCAUUCGUGAUAACAAAACAUUGGAGGAUAUUUCCUUUGCUGGUGUAGAUGUCUUAACGACAGCUAAACUCUUUCUCUUAAGCAAAGACCAACCCGAUGGUUUCUGAUAUAAUCAUAUCAUCGGAAACAUCAGAGUGACAAAAAACAAUUAAUCACAGAAACAAAAAAGUGAAUCACCCUAUCUGCCUUAAAGAUCAAAUUCUCUAAUUUUGUCAAAGGGUUUUGACAUUUAUUAUAUUGAUGUAAUAAGUUCUGUACAGUUAUGAAAUUGGAUCGGUCUUAAUAAUUUUUGUAUGAUAUUUAAACUUUUUUAUAUUUAUGGUGUAAAAAAUUAUCAAAUACAUAUUAUUUUCGUCUUAA